GCCUCGUCUCGCUUCAGGCCUUCAGCUUCCAUUAAUUUCCUUCCGUGGGUUUGCGUGCUUCUAGCUCCGCUUGCUUGUCUACCGGCCAUGUCUUCCCGCGGCGGCGGGGUAGGGGGCCGGCGCGGUGGCCCCGGCGGCGCCAGCAGUGUCCGUGGCGGCGAGCGCGGACGCAAACGCGGUCGAGGUGCUUUGGACGCCGUGGAGCCCCGCGUCCCGCUUCCACGGGGCACGGGAUCCGGCCCUGGGGCUGGCCGGGACGGAGCCGCCGCGCCGGUGCCGGCGCUGCAACCGGCGGAGGCGGAUGUGCUCAGCGGCGAGGUGGAGACGGAGAUGGCGGCCGGGAUGGAGGCGCGCGAGGGGGCGUCGUCGUCGUCGUCUGCUUCGGCGCCGGCGGUGGGGGAGGUCGAGCCGCCGUCGCGGGCGGUCGGUGCGCUGCCGCCGACGUCGAGCAAGGCGGUGGUGCUCCAGGCGAGGCCGGGGUUCGGGACGGUCGGGACGAGCUGCCGCGUCCGCGCCAACCAUUUCGUCGUGCAGCUUGCCGACAAGGAGAUCUACCAUUACGAUGUUGCCAUCGCCCCUGAAUUGAGAUCUCGAGAAAGGAACAGGAAUAUAAUCAAUGAACUUUUAAGAUCACACAAAAAAUACUUGGAUGGGCGGCGUUCGCCUGCUUAUGAUGGAAGAAAAGGCAUGUUUACGGCUGGUGCAUUGCCUUUUACAGACAGAGAGUUCGUUGUCAAAAUUGCAAACGACCCUGAGAGAGGAAACCAGGGGGAGAAAGAGUUCAAAGUGACCAUAAAGUGUGCUGGUGCUGCAAACUUAUAUAUGCACAGCCUUAAGCAAUUCUUGGCUGGUAGGCAGAGAGAGCUGCCGCAAGACACUAUCCAGGCUCUUGAUAUCGCUCUUAGGGAAUGUCCCAGUUCAAGGUACAUAUCCAUCUCAAGAUCGUUUUUCUCACAAGCAUUUGGACAUAAGGAUAUUGAUUGUGGCGUUGAAUGGUGGAGAGGGUAUUACCAGAGUCUACGCCCCUCGCAGAUGGGUUCUCUUAAUAUUGAUAUUUCUGCAACAACAUUUUACAAGGCUCAGCCAGUAAUUGACUUUGCAUUGGACUAUCUGAACAUGAACAUUCGUGAUGCUUAUUCAAGGUGUUUACGUGAUCAGGACCGUCUGAAACUAAAGAAAGCCCUUAAAGGAGUCCGGGUUGAGACCACACAUCGACGUGAUGUGUCCAUACGUUACAAAAUUACUGGGCUAACUUCAGCUCCUUUGAAGGACAAUGCAAGCACCUUUUAUUUGAUCAGAUUGAAUUUUAUCUAUUUAUCCACAUCAUAUACAUCGACUUGUUAUGUUUGCUUGUACAGGUUUGAUCAAGAUGGGACAAGGGUAUCAGUUGUCCAGUACUUCAAUCGCCAAUACAGUUAUUCUUUGAAAUAUAUUAACUGGCCGUGCCUUCAGGCUGGCAGCGACAGCAGGCCAACAUAUUUACCUAUGGAGGUUUGCCGCAUAGUAAAAGGACAACGCUAUUCUAGAAAAUUAAAUGAAUGUCAAGUCACACGCAUGUUGAGGUUGGCACGUGAGACACCAGAAGAAAGGGAGAAUAGUAUUUUAGAGAUUGCUAAUGAAAACAACUAUGGCAAUGAUUAUCAUGCCAGAGAAUUUGGCAUCGGGGUGACAAACCAACUUGCCUUAGUCGAUGCUCGUGUACUCCCUGCUCCAAUGCUUAAGUACCAUGACUCUGGACAAGAGAAAGUAUGUAAUCCUUCCAUUGGUCAGUGGAACAUGAAUAACAAGAGGAUGCUCAAUGGUGGAUCCAUCAAUUACUGGGCAUGCUUGACUUUUGCUUCCUGCGUACGUCUGGCUGAAGUUAGGACGUUUUGCAAGGAGUUGGUUCGUGUGUGCAAUAGCAUUGGCAUGCAAAUUACCGGGGAACCAUGUGUCCGUAUUAGGCAAGAACGCCAAGAUCACUUAGAUGCUGCUGUCAGAGAUAUACAUCGACAAUCUGCAGAAUUUCUUUCUCAACAAGGUGUGAUCGGGCAACAACUUGAGUUACUGGUAAUAGUACUACCUGAUGCAAAUGCAACUGUCUUUUAUGGAAGGAUAAAGCGGCUUUGUGAAACUGAACUUGGUGUGAUAACUCAGUGCUGUUUAGCUAGGAAUGUUCAGAAUGUCCGCACACAAUAUCUCCGAAACCUGGCACUUAAAAUCAAUGUUAAGGUUGGUGGACGAAAUACAGUACUGGAAGAUGCUUUGCAUAGGAGAAUUCCUCUGUUAACAGAUAUGCCUACAAUGAUCUUUGGAGCUGACGUGACCCAUCCACCUGCCGGGGAGGAUUCAUCUCCAUCAAUUGCUGCGGUUGUUGCAUCGAUGGAUUGGCCAGAAGUGUCAAAAUACAAAUGCUCGGUUUCUUCGCAAAGCCAUAGGGAAGAGAUCAUAGCUGAUCUCUUCACAGAGGUGAAAGAUUCACAGAACAGACUUGUUUAUGGUGGAAUGAUCAGAGAGUUGAUAGAGUCUUUCCGUAAAGCAAAUGGCAGCUACAAACCUGGAAGGAUAAUAUUUUAUCGAGACGGUGUUAGUGAAGGCCAGUUUAGCCAAGUUCUGCUUAGUGAAAUGGAUGCAAUUCGGAAGGCUUGUGCUAGCAUAGAGGAGGGCUACCUCCCUCCAGUUACCUUUGUUGUGGUGCAAAAGAGGCAUCACACCCGUCUUUUUCCUGAAGAUCAUCACGCGAGGGAUCAGAUGGAUCGAAGCAGAAACAUCUUACCUGGAACUGUUGUUGACACUAAGAUAUGCCAUCCCAGUGAAUUUGACUUUUACCUUUGUAGCCAUUCUGGCAUUCAGGGAACAAGCCACCCCACGCAUUACUAUGUUCUAUUCGACGAGAACAAUUUCAGCGCCGAUGCAUUGCAAACAUUGACUUACCAUUUGUGCUACACAUAUGCACGCUGCACGCGAUCAGUCUCCAUAGUUCCUCCGGUGUACUAUGCGCACCUGGCGGCUUCCAGAGCGCGGCACUACCUGGAGGAGGGAUCACUCCCCGACCACGGAUCGUCUUCUGCUUCUGCAGCCGGCGGUUCUCGGCGGAACGACCGUGGUGUGCCGGUGAAGCCGCUGCCAGAGAUUAAGGAGAAUGUGAAGCAGUUCAUGUUUUACUGCUGAAGUAACUAGUCCCUCCGUUUCAGGUUAUAAGACUUUCUACCAUUGCCGACAUUCAUAUAGAUAUUAAUAAAUCUAAACAUAUGUAAAUAUGUAAAAUCUAGACAUAUAUGUCUAAAUUCAUUAAUAUUUAUGUGAAUAUAGACAAUACUAGAAAAUCUUAUAAUAUAAAAUGGAGGAAGUAGCUAGCUUGCUAGGUGGAUCAUCUUUUGCCAAGAACCAAGUUAAGCGUCUGUCCGUGCUUUUGUGUGGUUGUGAAAUCAGACUCGGUGUCUUGCAGAUCGACUUGUGUGUUGUGAAUAUGUUAAAGUCACAACAGUCUGGGCUAAGCUAAGUAGUAGUACUUCAUAGUACUAGAAUAUGGGAAUCAUGUUGGACACAAUCUGAAGUUAACCGGCUGCUGUUGUUAUGCCGGCUUCACAUAUAUUGUUUGUGCGAUCUACUCACUUUUUUUCAAAAUAAGAAAAGACUAGAAUACCUCUAUCUUA